CGUUCAUCAAAAUAUCGUUUAUGGAAACAGUGCAAACAUUAACAUAGUCAGGUGUGUUGGUCGUGUCGGGUGUCGGUCGUCGUCGAGAGUAAGCGCUAACCAUCGGACAGGCAAGAUAGUGAUGUGGCACAGUUGAAACCGUUAGGUGCAUCGCAAGCAAAAUGAUGAUAGCCUCACUGUUGGAUCUUCGAUCGUUGAACUUGAUCAACUUCCUGUUCGUGCAGCUUAUCGUGGUUAUUGUGGUGCUGGGCAUUUUGAUUGCUACGAUAGAAAGGUACCUGCCGUCAGCCAUCAGUCAGACUUUUCGCUACGGAAAACAUGCACAUAAGGGACCACAGGAUUGGCUGGUUUCACUGUUGGAAGUGCCGAAGGCAUGGUUCAAGCAUUUCUACAUAUUCGCUGCCGUUUGGUCACUGGCCGGGUUCUACUUUAUGGUGAACGCGUACUUUGCCGGCCGGGAGACUCCAGGCUACGUGAUGGACUUUCUGGAUAUCAUGGCAACCACUAAGCGAACUGUGAGAACGACACCAACCGAAACCAUGGUCGCCAUCAUGCUAAUCACGAUGCAAUGCUGGCGCCGGUUCUACGAGACCUGGUUUGUGCAAGUGUUCUCCAGCAAGCUUAAAAUGAAUCUGUCCGCGUACCUGGUCGGUUACAUUCACUACUUCGGAACGGUUGUGGUUAUACUGUCGCAGGCGGAAGGUUUCGUCCGAACAGAUGGUUCCCUGUUGCCUUACCGUUUCGAACUAUCUCCCCGGAUUGCUCUGUGGAUAGCAAUAUUUUUCUACGCUUGGCGCUACCAGUUCCAGUCGAACCUGAUCUUGGCAAAUAUACGGAAGGAUCGUUCCGGUAAGGUUGUCAACCAGCAGCAUUCCAUUCCGCAGGGCGGUUACUUCCAGCUGGUUUCCUCACCGCACAUGUUCUUCGAGAUUGUGAUGUACGUUGCACUGUAUGCGAUCAUCGCGCGUAACACGUCUGCCGUGUACGUGCUCACGUGGGUGCUCUCGAAUCAGAUGAUGAAUGCAUGGCUGACGCACCAGUGGUAUCGAGAGACGUUCAAGGAUUACCCACCGACCAGGCGUGCCGUGUUUCCGUACGUGCUGUAAGGUAAGACUGACUGCCAGGUAUGCCACACGAUGACUAGUAAACUGUUCUGUUUAUUAUGUUUGCUCGAAUGACUGAGAUUUUUUUCGCAUAAGUCAUCAACCUUUGUCAGAUCGCGUUUGUGGGGGUUAAAACUUUUUAUGUUGAUGCAUUAUACCGUUAAGUUUGAAGAUUGAUAAUAUUGAACGAUCGCAAGCUUUAAAUUCCUCGAUUUAUGAGGAUACUAACAAGAUUUUUUUUCCGGGGAAUGGUGAUAACAAGAAAUAUUAACAAAGGCAAAUAACAUUAUCUUCCGCUCCUGUUGGAAUGUUGGCGUUUCAAUAAAUCAAUUUUAUUUAUACCUUCUAUACUUAGAUCACAAAAAUGCAAA